AUGGGCCGUCCGUGCGCGCUAGCCCUCGCCGUGGUCUCGGCCUUGCUAUGUCAGGUCUGGAGUUCAGGGGUGUUCGAGUUGAAGCUGCAGGAGUUUGUCAACAAGAAGGGUCCCCUGGGGAACCGCAGCUGCUGCCGCGGCGCCGCGGGAGGCACGGGACCACCACAGUGCGAGUGCAGGACCUUCUUCCGAGUGUGCCUCAAACACUAUCAGGCCAGCGUGUCCCCCGAGCCACCCUGCACGUAUGGCAGCGCCAUCACACCGGUACUGGGCGUCGACUCCUUCAGCCUACCUGAUGGUGCGGGCAGCGGCCACGCGGCCUUCAGCAAUCCCAUCCGCUUCCCCUUUGGCUUCACCUGGCCGGGCACUUUCUCUCUGAUCAUUGAAGCUCUCCACGCAGACUCUCCUGAUGACCUCACAACAGAAAACCCAGAGAGGCUCAUCAGCCGCUUGGCCACUCAGCGGCAUCUGACGGUGGGAGAGGACUGGUCCCAGGACCUGCACAGCAACGGGCGCACAGACCUCAAGUACGCCUACCGCUUCGUGUGUGAUGAGCACUACUAUGGGGAGGGCUGCUCUGUCUUCUGCCGCCCACGAGACGAUGCCUUUGGCCACUUCACCUGUGGGGAGAGAGGAGAGAAGGCCUGCAACCCUGGUUGGAAGGGCCAGUACUGCACAGAGCCGAUCUGUCUGCCUGGCUGUGAUGAACUGCAUGGGGUCUGCGACCGGCCAGGGGAAUGCAAGUGCAGGGUCGGCUGGCAGGGCCGCUACUGUGACCAGUGCAUUCGGUACCCGGGCUGCCUCCAUGGCACCUGCCAGCAGCCAUGGCAGUGCAACUGCCAGGAGGGCUGGGGUGGCCUCUUCUGCAACCAAGAUCUGAACUAUUGCACCCAUCACAAGCCCUGUGAGAAUGGAGCAGCUUGCACCAACACGGGCCAGGGCAGCUACACCUGCUCCUGCCGACCCGGGUACACGGGUGCCAACUGUGAGAGCGAGAUCAACGAGUGUGACGCAGGCCCCUGUAAGAACGGAGGAAGCUGCACAGACCUCGAGAACAGUUACUCCUGCACCUGCCCACCUGGCUUCUACGGCCAGCACUGUGAGCUCAGCGCCAUGACCUGUGCCGAUGGGCCUUGCUUCAAUGGGGGACGAUGCUCAGACAACCCAGACGGGGGCUAUGCCUGCCACUGCCCCGUGGGCUAUACCGGCUUCAACUGUGAGAAGAAGAUUGACCACUGCAGCUCUUCACCCUGCUCCAAUGGGGCACAGUGUGUGGAUCUGGGCAGUUCGUACGCAUGUCGGUGCCCUGCUGGCUUCUCUGGGCGCCACUGUGAUGGCAACAUGGAUGACUGUGCAUCGCUGCCCUGUGUGAAUGGUGGCACCUGCCAGGAUGGCAUCAACGAUUACUCCUGCACCUGCCCCCCAGGAUACACCGGCAAGAACUGCAGCACCCCCGUCAGCAGGUGUGAGCAUGGGCCAUGCCACAAUGGGGCCACCUGCCAUGAGAGAGGCCGCCGCUACGUGUGUGAGUGUGCACGCGGCUACGGCGGCCCUAACUGCCAGUUUCUGCUGCCCGAGCCGGGGCCAGUGGUGGUGGACCUCACCGAGCGCUACCUGGAGGCUCAGGGCGGGCAGUUUCCCUGGAUCGCGGUCUGUGCCGGCGUGGUGCUGGUUCUGCUGCUGUUGUUGGGGUGCGCGGCCGUGGGUGUUUUCAUGCGACUGAAGGCUCAGAAGCGGCAGCUGCCAGGUGACGUGUACCGGGCGGAGGUGGAGACCAUGAACAACUUGGCCAGCUGCCAGCGCGAAAAGGACGUGUCUGUUAGCAUCAUUGGGGCCCCACAGAUCAAGAACACCAAUAAGAAGGCGGACAUGCACGGUGACCAUGGCGCUGACAAAGGCGCCUUCAAGGCCCGCUACCCGACCGUGGACUACAACCUAGUGCAGGACCUCAAGAAUGAGGACCCUGACAGGGAUGCCCACAGCAAGCGCGAUGCCAGGACCGAGCCUCAUGGCUGCGCCACACUCAGGGGUGGGGAAGCGGCGGAGAGGAAAAGGCCAGAAUCCUCAUACUCCUCGUCCAAAGACACCAAGUACCAGUCGGUGUACGUCAUCUCUGAGGAAAAGGAUGAGUGCAUUAUCGCGACUGAGGUUGGUGUAGGCUUGUGUCGGGAUGUUGGGGUCUAG